GAAGAACGGAGACGCAAGUCAACCGUCCGCAGAAACUGUGUGCCGAUCCGACGAAUUUCCACCUGAAGACAUGGAAAGAUGUUUAAAUCCCCUGAAGCUCAGGAGGAUUUUGAAGCUGGUGAUUUGAGUGUUUUACAGAAGGGGAAAGUGAUCGCAGCACUUUUGCCAUUUUUGCAACAGCACAUGAAGACACCAAGCCAAUAAUCCUUUCUGUGUUUUCCCCCUAAUUUUUCAGCUUUGCAUUGUUCUUGGAAAGUUGUGUGCCCCCUGUUGCAAAUUCCCUGAGCCAUUUUGGGAGUUUGACACUCUUAGGUCCUGUCUACCUCCAGUUGGCACAGAUAAAGACUCAGUUGGCUCUCAACCAUCUGAAUGCAAUUGCUGGCCGAUGCGUCACUCCCCCUGCAAUUGCUUCACCUGCUUUGACCUUGCUCAACUUUCUUGAGGUCACCAUGUCACAUCCAAUAUAUAAUCCCCUUGGGGGGACAUUCCCUAAUGGUCAGAGACCCAUUGUGCCUGGACAGUAUGGGUCUCUGGGGUCACAGCCUGGACUGGAGCUGGGGGCUGCCCGUCUUGGCCCAGGUUCCAUGUCCACUUCUCGUGGGGGAUUGAUGGUUAACCAGCAGAUGCCUUUCUCGUUGGGACAGUGUCAAUCGCAGAUUUCCCUGAACCUUGAAGCUGCAGUAGACCGGAACCUUAGGGGAGCCCGUGAGGAAGUUCGCCUUCUUACUCAAAUAUUACAGCAACCCAAAACAGCAGACCCCCGCUUGAGAAAGGACACAAGGGAUGAAGGGCUUUCCUCAGGAGGGAGUGGUUACCCAGGGACUGGUGGUGCCUCGAGAUCCGAUAAGACGGACUGGUCUUUGUACCAGGUCCCCAACAAGCACUUUGCCUCUUCUAGCAUGGAUCGUGCUUCCAGUUCCACACAGGUGUUCCAGUCUUCGGGUUUUGGUGGCAGUGGAGCAUCCAGCAGUUUGGACAGCCAACUUCCACCAGAAAAACGACCUUCACGCUACACCUCAGAAAGUGCCAGCAGCAUCCUCACCAGCUUUGGACUCUCAAAUGAGGACCUAGCGCUACUAAGCCACUAUCCAGAUGAUCAACUGACACCUGACAACCUCCCAUUUAUUUUACGAGACAUCCGUAUGCGCAAGUCGAAGAGGAACAUCUCUGAUAUUGAUGCAAGAUCCGAGCUCAUGGGCUCUGACCUGCGGCACAGCAGUGUCAUUGACUAUGGACAUUCUAGUAAAUUUGGCUAUCCUGAGGAGAGUUCGGAUGGUUAUACAAGUGAACACCAACCUAAAGAGUCACCUAAGUAUGGGAGGGAAGUCUCUGGACCUCCCUUUAGUGGCAUGGACAUCACAAAGCCUCCUCAGCCAUGCCAAGCAUCUUCAGGCCCUGCACAAGUUCCAAAGCUUCAGAAACCACCUCCAGUGGAUUCAAGACCCACUAAGACAAUCUCAGUGAGACCGUCUGCUUCCCAGUCUAUUCUGCCACUUUCCAGUCGUCCUCCUUCACAGAUGCUGCCUCCACAGAUGCCGCUGCCUCCACAGAUGCCACCUCCUUCACAGAUGGCGCCUCAGCUUGGUGUUCAUCCUCUGAUGACCAUCGAUGACAUCUCCAGAGGUCCAAGCUCUAACUGGAUCCCAUUCCUUUCACCUCCAGUCAGCGUGCCUACUCUAAAGAGACUUCCAACCCCCACCAUGAUGAAUGAUUACUCAGCAGCUACUCCAAGAAUCUUUCCUCAUACAUGCUCUCUAUGUAACAUUGAAUGUGUCCAGAUUAAGGACUGGAUUGAACAUCAGAACACAAAUCUUCACAUUGAGUGUUGUAGACUUCUUAGGAAACUAUACCCUGACUGGAAUGUUGAGGCUGUCUCUGUUUCAAGACCUGAAUCAAAGUCAGAACACAGCAGCUCGAAGCAUCGCACCAGAUCUCACUCAUACUCCAGAUCCACCAGUCCGAAGCGGCACCAUGAUUCGUCAAGUCGCCGUAAACGGUCACGCUCUCGAUCCCGUUCACGAUCCCGGAGCCCUCGAAGGUAUCGGCGCAACAGAAGUCACAGCCGGUCUCGAUCCCCCUAUAGGAAGACUCGAGGCAGCCCUUGCAGGCGUAGGUCCCGUAGUCCGCCAUCCCAACGAUCAAGGUCUCCAGGUUACAGCAGUAGUAGUAGGCGCUCUCCUGCACGUCGAUCAAGCCCCCGCCGAAGCAGUCCCUCCCGUCAGAGAUCUAGCAGUAGUGAACGACUGGCCAAAAAGCUCAUGUCGUCAGCUGAGCUUUCCUCAAUCACAGAUAGUAAUACUUUGAAGGCCGUGGUUAAGUCCUUAGCACCAGCCCUACUUGCUGAACUAGCCAAGAAGAGAAGUAUCUCCACUACUUCCUCAGCAAAGAGAAGCAACAGCAGUUGGAGACUGUCUUCCUCUCCUCCUAAGAGAAGUAAACCCUCCAGUUCAAGCAGACAGUACACCUCAAGGACUACCAGCUCUUUGAAGUCUUUGUUUGUACAGGAUGUGAAGCCUAAAAGCAGGGAUGCCCCAGGCCCUGCCUGUUUGCUGAGGCUCAUGGGAAUUCCUCAUGGCACUACCAGCAAUGAACUGACUAAAGCCAUUGAACCCUUUGGCAAGAUUUAUACUGCCAUCCUCUUCGUAGCCAUUAAAGAGGCCUCAGUGUGUAUGGAAAGAGAGGAGGAUGCCAAAGCUUUGCUCAACUGUAAGAACCUGACAAUUCAUGGGCAAGUCAUUAAGAUCUGCAUGGAGAAGGAUGCAAGAAAAAAUGAAAGAAAAAAAUCUGAGAAGGCUGAGAAAACGUUUAAAAAAGAGGUUACUACAACAAAGCCAACCCAGUCAGUGAAAGUAAAAGGUACAAACACAGUCAAGGCACCUCUGUCAGCUAAAGCAAAAGUGUCGACAAGUGCCAAGAGGUCUCAGGUAACCAAGGCACUCCAAAAACCAAGUGACCCUAGAAAGACUGUACAGUCUGCUAAAGCUAAACCCCCUGCUAAGGGUUCAGAGAAACCAGUUACCAAGAAGAUUGUUAAAAAGGCAAUCCCCUGGAAAAAAAAUGUAGUUGUGAUUUCUGAUCUUCCAGAGGAAGGGGUCACUGAGGAUGAACUCACAAACCUUGCUAAACCCUAUGGCUUCAUCUCGACUCCUGUCAUAGCUAUCAUUCAGCAAAGGGCCUACCUGCAAAUGCCUAACACAGUGGCAGCUGAAGCAAUGGUGAAGGCCUGCUCCGAAACUCCAGCUAAAGUGCAGAACAAACAGAUAACCGUCAAAAUGAUGAUGCAACCUAUCGACCUGAACUACACGGAGUCGAUUUUCAGAGUACUGCUGUGCAUGGAGAAGUCACCUGAAAUUGUCACAUUAACAGAACGUCUACUCAUCGUUAAUAAUGUGCCAAAAACGCUUGAGGCAAUCAAGGAAGUAGAGACCCUGAUCCAACGCCAUGGUACCUACAAGAAGCAUUUACCUCUGAAUGGGAGGGUGAUUUUUGAAAUGGAGAGUGCUGCAACUGCUAGGACCACCUACAGUCAACUCCUCAAGAUUCGUUGUAUGGUCCAGAACAAUUUGCUUGCCUUCCAGCUAGCCAAACCACUCAAAGUAGUUGAGCAGGUGAAAAAGAAGUCACAAGCAAAAGGAGCUCAACCUCCUGGUAAGUCAGCAGCUACAGAAGGGAAACCUAAUACCACAAAGGCUCAAAGGGCAGUGGCUGCAGCAGCAACUACUGCAUCUGCAGCUAAUGGUGGUGCUACUUCAGAAGCAACUCCCAUUGUUGCCACUGCUGGUGCCCAGGACAAAUUGGCUACAGCUCUCUCUAUCACAACGGAAAAAGAUGCCUCGACUGAUGCUGAUGUUGUUAUUACUGAAGGAGAGGAAAUAACUGCUAAAAGCACAAGUGAUUGUGAAGAUAAGUUAGAAGCUGACAGUGUCACAGCUGCAACUGGUACUGUUGAAAUCUCUGCAGGAAAUACUGCAGUCCCCAAUGAUGUGACAGUUGAUAUGGCUGCUAAUGCAGAAAUAACUACUCCUGAGAUUAAAGCAGAAAUAGAUACCCACAAUGAUACCCAAACUGAUAAAGAAUCUGUGGUGAUGAUCCAAGAGACUGAGCUUGAAAUUGCAUCCUCUGUUUCCAUGGUGGAACCUGCAGUUUCACUCGAGUCUUCAAAAGCAGAGAUUGAAGUUGGAUCCUCUGUUCUUUUAUCAGAAUCUGCAGAUGCAGAUGAGUCUGAGAAGGCAGAGCCUGAAUUGACAUCCUCAGGUCUCUCAGGAGAACCUGCCGUUUCAGUGGAACCAGUAAAAGCAGAACUUGAAUUGGCUUCCUCCAUUCCCACCACAAAAUCUGCAGUUUCAGUUAAUAAAGCUGAUCAGACAGAGGCUUCACCCAUGAACAAUCAGAAUAUCCCGAAGGAUGAAGAUGUGCCCAAAGAAUUGGGUCUUACAUCUGUGGAAGAGAAAGCAACUGACAAAGAGAAGUUAGCAAAAGACAGUGAUGUUAAGUUCAAGUCAGAGAUGGAGGUUGUUGCUUCAACAGCUAGCAGUGGAGAAACUCCAGUAGAGGCCAUGACUUCUCUGAGUCCAGAAGAACAUACCAAGGGCACUGAUGUCGUAGAGGGCAGUUGUGCACCACAGGAGAUUGAGAAUGACCUUAAAUCAACUGAACCUUUUGAGACUGAUAAUAACCCUCAACCUAAUGAUCAAACCCAAUCUGGUGAGAAGCUUGUCCUGUCAGCUGUUGCAUCUGACUUUAUUUCAACCUCAGAUCCUGCUUCUGACCUGCCUUCCUCUUCUGAUCAAACUGUUAGUGAUUCAGCUGUCAGUGUUACACCUGCUUCAAACAGUCCCCAAAGAGUACCUGAGCCCUUUGAUGACAAGACACUGGACUUUCCUCCAGUUACACAGGAGAUUUUGAAGGCGCUUGAAUUAGCUGUUCAUCAGUGUCGCAUGCAGUCUUCAUUAAAAAGUGCUGAACAUGAAGCCAAACAAAAGGUUGAUGCUGAGAAGAAAGCUGCAGAGAAAAUGACUAACAAGGUUCCAUCAUGCUCAAAGAUGGCCACAUCAAAUAAAUCUACUCAAGCGGUGAAGAAAACAACCCAAUCUGAGAGCAAAAGUGUGCCGUCUGAGAAAGAGAAAAAACCUCAGAAUUCCAGAACUAGAAACAGGCAGGUGGACACCUUGUCCCCAGAGAAGGAGGCAGCUUCUAGGAACAGGAGCAGGGGCAAUUCUGAAGAAGAUUCCCCUUCAAUAAGGCGUUCCACACCAUCCUCUGUGUCAUCCUCCCGGAAGGGCAGGCAUGCGUCUAGCCCCCCAUCAAAGAGAUUGAGGGGACAUGAUGAUGAUUGCAAGAGUCAUAGCAAAAGCUCACAGCCCUCAAGAAAUCGCUCAAAAACUAGUACAAUCGAAAAGGCAAAAGAGGAAGGGGCAAUAUUAUCAGAGAAACCGUUUCCCUUUAACAUUGAUGAGUUUGUGACCGUCGACGAAGUUGGGGAUGAUGUAGAGGACACUGUGACCUCAAGCUCUGAGUCUUCAGCCAAGGGCAAGAAAUUCCAGUAUGAACCCAAUCCUCUCUCCACGAUCUCUUCUAAUGCAAAGUCGACUCCAGCUUAUAAACCAAAACAGAAUACAAGGUCUAGAUCUACAGCUAACAAGACUAGAUCUUCUGAGACCAAGGACCCUGAAGUUAUUGACACUGCAGAUAAAAUGGAAGCCAAGACUGAAGAAACCAUACUAGUGGCAGAGGAUGUAGAAUCUCAAAAGCAAAAAGAGAAUGAGCCUCUGGAAGAGACUGUGGAUAACCAACUGGAAACUGUUGCAGUGGAACCUGCUGUUGUUGAAAGCGAGAGUACAGAGCCUUCUUCUGAUCUAGAAACAUCAGGUGCUGCAGAGGUGGAACUCAGUGUUCAGACAGAGACCUUAUCAAUAAUGAAAGAAAGCACUGACAUUGAGCCAACCCAGCCUGUUUUUUCCUCCCCUGUCCAGAAGGAAGACUGCCAAACAACUUCUAAAGAAAAGUUAGAGAAAUCAGAAAAUGGUCAUGCUGAGCAGUCUGAAACUUCUGUCCCAGAUUUGGAAGAUGAGGCAACUGUGAUGUCUGAAUUUCCCCUCCAUGAUGCUAUGGUGACUUUUGAUGAGGUUGAGGAGGAUUUUCCUGAAGAAGCAGAUGAGGAACAGCAUUUAAAGGAUGAUGAAGUGCCUAAGGCUCUUUUGACUGUUGAUGAAGUUGUAGAUGAGGAAAAUGGGGGUGAAGAAUACCAGUUGGACAAAGAACUUCAAGGCCUGGUCACACUUGAUGAGAUUGUUGAAGAAGAGGAUGAGGAGGAGCUUGAUUCAUUCAACCCUGAGACACUUGUAACCCUGGAUGAGGCCAAGGGUGAUGAUGAGGAGAUUGAGGAAGUGGAACAGAGUGAGGCCAAGCCUACCAGUCCCAACUUUAAAACACCACCCAGGCCAGAGGAGCGUGUACAAUCUCCAAGCCAAGAGGAAGAUGCUUGUAACCUGGAAGAGCUUUGUAAGAUGAACUAUGUAACUGUGGAUGAAGUAGGGGAAGAAGAAGAGGAACAGCCACUCAGUGAACAGGUCAAGGAGCAGAAGGUAGUAAAAAAGAGAGCUACAAGGGCCAAAAAGAGAUCUCGGCAGACUCCAGUGAGAAGAUCCACAAGAGGAAAAAGAGAGGUGGCAAAGAGUGACAAAGUGCCAGAUGAGCCUGAGGUGAGUGCAGAGGGUGAGCCAGCACCAACUGCCGCCAAACCUGAGAGUCCAUCUUUUGCUUCAGACCCCGUAGAGCUUGAAAAGCCAGAAUCCCAAAAGGCUGAAACUGUGACAGUUCCAGAUUCAUCUAGCACAGAGGUUGUCUAUUCAGGGUCAGAAGAGGAGAGAACUGGAGUCAAAGAUGAUGAAAACUCCAGAAAGUCAGAAAGAGCUGUUGUUGACCCACCUGAUGAGGACAAAAAAACAGCAAUCAAAGAAGAGUCUGAACAAAGGCAGGAGUCCGAGCUGAGGGAGGAACCAGAGGCCAAGAAAGUUUGUUCUCAUUCCGCUGUGAUUGAAGAUGUCACCUUGCCCCCAUAUAGUCCAGACCACCACAUUGGGGUUGAAUUUUUGGUGCCCAAGACAGGUUUCUUCUGCAGACUUUGCUCUCUAUUUUAUGACAAUGAGGGAACUGCAAAGAGUCACUGCAGUAGUCUACAGCAUUAUCAGAAUAUGGAGGAAUAUUAUAAGAAGCUCAAGUCUCAGCAGCAGGGUGGCACAACAUCCAGUCAAAGUUCUGCAUCGGAGUAACCCAUUUCAAAAGUUCAUCUAAGGAUCUCGGGCUAUCUCAGGAUGCAUGUGCAAGUAACAUGGAACGACUUUGGGACUACAGGUGAAUUGUCAUGUGUGUUAUAAUCCAGCACAGCCCCAGAAAUGGUUCUUGAACUCUUUGGCCUCCAUUUGUAUGUUGCAAAAUUAUCAUUUAUGAUAAUAGUAAUAGCCUAUGGUAAUAUAAGUUAUAUUCUAAAAUAACAAAAUUAGUUCGAUAAGUUACAAUUAUAUAUUGGGUAUAUAGGCCUAUUUAUUUUAUUUAUUUUUUGUAUAGAAAUGGACAUAAUUCAGCUUUGUACAUGGGUUCCUUUAUAGUCGUCUAGCUCAGACUACUCACUGACUGGUUGAUUGGUAGUUUUAAAUUGUUAGUUUUGCACAUCUCUACCUAUUACCUGCAAAUUACAUAUUACAGAAUGAAAACAAUAGUCAUUUCAGACACAAAUGUUCUUCAGUAGACUUUUUUGUUUGUUUUUUUGUUUUUUGAGAAACAUUAAAGUUUUUUAUUUUUUUUAUUAUUAUUAUUUUUAUGACUUUUUAUAUCAAAAUAUAAAAUCCCAGUACUUGCAGAAUCGCGAUAAAUAUCGAAUCGGUUAGGAAAUAUCGUUGUAAAAUCAAAUCAGGAUGUCUGGCAAUUCCCAGCCCUAGAAAACAAUUUUUUUUUACUAAUUAUAUUUGAGUAGUUUUUCAUUAUUUUGGUCACAUUUUAGCUUUUAAAUAUAAACAAAUCCAUGUAUUAAAUUAAUAUGAUAAUAUUGUAUAUAUAUUUUGUUACGUGUUUAAUAACAUAAUUUGUGCUAUUUACAGGUGCUUACAUUAAUUUGUUGAACACAUGUUAAAAACCAGUACUGUCUCUUUCAUGAGCUUGUGAAAAAGACUCUGGCCACUGGAUUUGAUCUUAACUUCCAAAACUUUAAUUCAACUAGAUGACACAGGUGCGGGACCACUUUUAACGUAUGCAGGUCCAUACAGUUCCAUUUUUUUAUUUUGUUUAUUUUUUAUUUUUUAUUAUUUUUUAUUGCUGCGUUAGCAGAGUAUUUACCUAUUAUUUAAUUAGCUGUUAAGCCCAUAAAAUAAAUCGUGCAAACUUGUUUGCUGUUAUAGGCUAUUGAGUCUCAAAAAUAAUUAGGCUAUUAAUAUGAGUAGCCUACUUGCAUCUGUGUAAAUAAUAAUUAACCAUUUAUUCAUCUGGAAGGUUUUGUAUGGAAUGUGAACAUUUAUAUUAGAUGCCAUUUAAUGAAAUAUUUUGUCUUGAAUUCAGGGGUUAAAUUGAGAUUUCGGAGGUGGGGAACCUUAAUCGUGUGAUUGCUGUUAUAACAUACAUUCAAUUAAAAAUAUAGGUGUCUAAAUAUGUAUAUAUUUAUAGGCCUGUGUAUGGUAUUUCAUAUUUUUUGAAUGAAUCAGAUGAAUCUCUGACUGGGAUUGUUAUAUAAUUUAUCAAUCAUUUUUAACUUAAUUGAGAAAAUAGUUAUUUGAUUUGCAUUAAAUGACAAAAAUAAGUUUAAUAAUAUCAGAUGUAUUUUAUGCAUUUUAUAAAAAUCAGAUGACAGCUGGUACAAAUUUAUCUUCUUGCCCGAGGUAAGGUGUCACCUUGCCUUUGAACAUGCUAAACUAUCCAAUUAUUUUACUAUUUUAAAGUAAAUGCACAUUUUUAAGGGGUUAAGCAAAAGUGCUACUGCAUAUUUAUCUCAGAAAUGAGUGAGCAGUUGAUUCCAGACAGUAUUUCAUGAUUUCUAUGAAUUACAGAACACAGAGCAAUAGAGAAGCCUUACCCUGCAGUUCGUUCAUCCUCCGCCUAUGACUUGGAAAUAGAAAGACUUUAUCAAAGACAUCAAAUUCAGUAUAUUUGUCAAAUUUUAGCAUGUUUUUGUUUAAGGUGAUUUGUUGUGUCAGUUAUUGCAAUGAUGCCACAUAAAUGAUUACAGACCAUGGAACUACAAAGACUACACUUAGAGUAAGAUUUUUAGUCACCUAUUUGUUUCAAACAUCCCAAUUAAAUAAUUCAUUAAGUUAAGAAGAAGAAAUUAAUAAAAAAUGUAAAUAACAACAACAAUAAACAGAAAUGAACAGGAGUGAACAGUCAACAGUACUAGAAUAACAUUUUGAUAAUUCUGAACAUUCAGUGAACUGAACAAUAACUCAAAUGCAUUAUUAAUAAAAAUCAUGAGCACUCACAUGAGAUAAAGAUUCCAGUCAUAUUAGUAACCUUAUAAAAGCUAACUCAGAACAGAUUUAUAAUUGCAAUGCCUAUUUUUAAAUUGUUUACUAAAGUUUAAUUCAGGUAAACUAUAGUUUGUUAUAACAAUUGUCUAUGACUUGGUUGCCUUAAAAUUAAUUAGAUUUGAGUAUUAUGAUAUAUACUCUUUAACAUAAGUUAACAUGACAAAGCCCUCUAUCAAGCUAUCCUGGCAUGACUGUGUGAGACAAAUAAACCAUCAUAACAAUAAAAGAGCACAUUAACAUUCAAGUUUAUUUUAAGUUUACAACAGAAAACGUUACUGCAUUCUCUGGCUAAGACACAAAGCAUAUAUGUAUAGCCUAUUGGCUUUAGUUUUGUGAGAGCCAAAUGUUUGAAAAUGGCCCCAAAAAUAUAGUGAAAGGUCAAAAUGUUUGAGAUUGCUAUACAACAGCAAUCUUUAUGACAAUUUAUUGGAUUACCUCAAAUCAUGUGUAUUUCUACGUCUUGGGUAACUGAUGUUUGGGGCAUAAGAAGCCCCAUAGAGUGAUAAUAAAUUCAUCCCUUUCACACCUUUUUGUCAUCAGUUGGCUAUUCAGAAAAAAAGGAAAUUAUUUUUAAACAAAACAUUACAUUCAAAGCAUUUUGGUGAACAAAUCAUUUACAGACAGAGUUGAGUACACAUCAGUGAAGGUU